AUGUUGAGGUAUUUUAAGAAAAUACGAGAUGAACAUACUUCAAACAAGUCAUCUCCCCCUCCACCACCUCCUCGUCCUCCGCCUCCUCCACCAGCUCCUCUUGAUGCUGACUCAAAUGAGUAUCCUAGUGAUCCUGGGCUAAGAAAGCACAUUCUUGAGUAUAAUGUUAAUGAAAGGGAGAUUGUUCGACGUUACUAUUUACAAAAAGGUCCUUUUCAACCUAAAAAUCAUGAAUUUCCUUGGCGUUCUUGUCCCAAAGAGAAACGAAGAUUUCGAGCUAUAUGGUUUAGUCUUCAUCCUAAUUGGCUAGAAUACAGCAUUGCAAAAGAUGCGGCUUUUUAUCUUUAUUGCUAUUUAUUCAAAGCGGAUCAUGGUGGUCAAAGUGGUGGUGAUUCUUUUGUUACUGAGGGAUUUAAAAAUUGGAGAAAGAAAGAAAAAUUUAAUGAACAUGUUGGAAAUCAGAGCAGCAUUCACAACAGGUGCAUGAUGGUGGCUUAUGAUUUAAUGAAUCAAAAACAACAUAUUGAAACUUGUUUGGUCAAUCAGUCUAGUCAAGUAGCUAUCAAUUAUCGUGUUCGUUUGACAACAUCAAUUGAUUGCAUAAGAUUUCUUGUGCGUCAAGGAUUAGCAUUUCGUGGUCAUGAUGAAUCAACAAACUCACUCAAUCAUGGUAAUUUUCUUGAAUUGUUAAGAUUUCUUGCUGACCAUAAUGAGGAUAUCAAUAGAGUUGCACUAGACAAUGCUCCCUCAAAUCUCAAAUUGACAUCGCCUGAUAUUCAGAAUGAUAUUAUCAGAUCCAUUGCUUAUUUAACCACUAAUUCUAUUCUUGGAGAUCUCGGUGAUGAAUUAUUUACUAUAUUGGUUGAUGAGGCUUGUGAUAUAUCUGUUAAAGAACAAAUAACAGUUGCUUUACGGUUUGUAGAUGAAAGGGGAAAUAUUGUUGAGCGCUUUCUAGGCCUUGUACAUGUAAGCGACACUACUUCCUUAUCACUUAAAACUGCUAUUGAUUCUUUGUUGUGCCAACAUGGAUUAUCUAUAUCUAAUUUGCGGGGGCAAGGAUACGAUGGAGCUAACAAUAUGAGAGGAGAAUUCAAUGGCUUAAAAAGUUUAAUUAUGAUAGAAAACCCUUCUGCUUAUUAUGUUCAUUGUUUUGCUCAUCAACUGCAGCUUACACUUGUAGCUGUUGCUGAAAAUCAUAUAAGAAUUUCUACUUUUUUUGAUGUGGUUGCACAAUUGAACAAUAUUGUUGGAGCGUCAUGCAAGCGAAGAGAUAUACUUCGUGAGAAACAAUUUGAAAAAGUUAUUAAAGGAAUUUGCAAUGGUGAUAUCUUCACUGGACAAGGUAUGAAUCAAGAGAUGACAUUAAAAAGAGCUGGGAGCACACGUUGGGGUUCACAUUAUAAUACAUUGUUAAGUUUGAUACAUUUGUAUCCUUCAAUUAUUGAUGUUCUUUUAUUUGUUAAAGAGGAGGGAAAAGAUCACAAGCAAAGGGCACAAGCAAAUAAUCUGUUGGAAUUGAUUGGAAAAUAUGAAUUUAUAUUUCAGAUGCACUUAAUGAAGAAUAUCUUGGGAGUCACGAAUGAUUUGUCGCAAGCUUUACAAAGAAAAGAUCAAGACAUUGUAAAUGCCAUGAUUCUUGUAAGAUCAAGCAAACAUCAACUGCAAACUAUGAGAGAUGAUGGUUGGGAUUUGUUACUGAAUGAAGUUUCUUUAUUUUGUGUUAAGUAUGAGGUAGUCACCCCGCACAUGGAAGACUUGUUCGUCUUUCAUGGGAGAUCACGACGAAAUAUUGAAGGAAGGACAAAUCUUCACUAUUAUCGUGUUGAAACAUUUUAUGAAGUGAUAGAUUUGCAACUUCAGGAGUUGAACAGUCGCUUUAACGAGGUGAACACGGAGUUGUUGUUGUGUAUGAGUUGUCUUGAUCCAUCAAAUUCAUUCUCUGCUUAUGAUAAGAGAAAAUUACUUCAGUUUGUUCAGUUUUAUCCAUCAAAAUUUUCCCCAAUGGAGUUAAUGCAUCUUGAGCCCCAACUUGAUAACUUUAUUUUUGAUAUGCGGAGUAGCAAUCAAUUCUCUGAGGUUAUGGGGAUUAGCCAGCUUGCUAAAAGGAUGGUUCAAUUGAAAAAACAUCGUCUGUAUCCUUUGGUAUAUUUACUUUUGAAGUUAGCAUUGCUAUUACCUGUUGCAACUGCAACUGUAGAGAGAGUGUUUUCAGCAAUGAAAAUAAUCAAAACCUCACUUCGAAAUCGGUUGGGAGAUGAUAUGAUAAAUGAUUGUUUGAUACCAUAUAUUGAGCGAGAUGUGUUUGAUACCAUUGAUAAUGAAGCUAUUAUUCAAUAUUUUCAAAAUAUGAAAUCUCGAAGAGUGAUAUUGUAA